AGAUCGUGGAGCUGCUCCUGGAGGCGGGGGCGGCGCUGGACGACCCCGGGGGUCCGGGCUGCGAGGGCAUCACCCCCCUGCACGACGCCCUGAGCUGCGGCCACUUCGAGGUGGCCGAGCUGCUGCUGGACAGAGGGGCCAGUGUCCACUCCAGGAAUGCCAGGGGCCAGACCCCCCUGGACACGCUGCAGGAGUGGGAAGGCACCUACGGGGCCGAGCUGGACCGGGAGACGCGGGAACGCUGCCGGGCGACCCAGCGGCUGCUCCGGGAGGCCAUGGCGGCCAAAGCCCCCCCGGAGCCGUCGCGGGAGCCGUCGCUGUUCGACGCCGAGCUCUCCGAGCGCCUCGUCCCGGAGUCUCCGCCCGGGAAUCCCGGGAAUCUUCCCGCUCCCGGGAAUAACGGGGACGUUCCCUCGCCCGGGAGGAAGCGCCGGUGCCUCCCAGAGGCCGGGAACGAGGAGGGGGAUGAGUUGGGAGCCGCCAUCCGGAACCUGGGAAGCGCCAAAUCCAUCCUGGGAAGCGCCAGAUCCGUCCCGGGAAGCGCCGGAUCCGUCCCGGGCCCUUCCCAGCUCCCGGCGCUCAUCCCGGCCCAGGAAUUCCUGGAGCAGGAGGAUUGGCUGGAGGACGACCUGGGGGCAUCCCGAGGGGCCAGGAAGAGGCCGCGGCAGCGCCGGGAGCCUCGGGAUGAUCCCGCCGGGAUCAUGGGGAGCGCCGGGAUGAAGGGGAGGAAGCGGAACGUCCGGAGGGUCCCGAGGGUCCCCCCGGGGCGAUCCCGGCCCCCCCCGGAGCCUGGGAAUGGCCCGGGGGAGGAGGGGGAGGCCGAGGGGGGGAUCCCGGAUGCUGAAGUGCCCCCGGAUCCGGCGGCGACCCCGAAUCCGGCAGCGACCCCCAAUCCAGCGGUGAUCCCGAAUCCGGCGGCGACCCCCAAUCCCACCCUGCGCGUCCGGGUCCGGGUCCAGGACAACGUUUUCCUGAUCCCGGUGCCCCUGAG